AAAUCUUCAGAUUUAUUUCCAGACUAGAAAGAAACUUCGAGGUUCAAACGAUUUCUUUUCCAGUGAAAAAUGUUGCUCGACCCUGUGUGAAAGUCACACCUCAGUCUUAGAAUCCUUAAUCCCCAAAGAGGAAGAACUGGCCAUAGUUGUUCACUGGAGAGGGAAAGAAGAACAACCUAUUUUUGGCAUGUGUUGAAAGCCAUUAUCUGCUUUUCCUUAUUUACUAUUUCAUAUGUUACAAAGCCAAAUCUUGGCAAUGAAAGUAUCUUUCACUGUGUGGGGCAAAGUCUCUAAAAUUUGCCUCAUGUGAACUCUUGAGUUUCAGAUUGUUUUUCGUUAUUUUUCCUUCACCCCUUGGCUGAUAGAAUGCAUUUGAAAUGAAUUUCUCCAUUCCUUAGGUUAUGGAAUUCCGUUUAACGAAAGGAUGAAAUACUUAGUUUAAAUGGGUGAUCUCUCUGGCUCAUUAAGUGUUGUUUUUUUGCAGAUGUCUUUCAGGAUAAGAAUGGAUCUGCUAUGGUGCUAGCAUCUCAUUUUUCUAGAUACAUUCCUGAAGUGCUUGUUGUUUUUGUAUCUGCCUCUCCUCCUCCUUCCCACAACACAUUUCAUUGCCCUUAUGGCAGAAUAAACUAGUGAGAGGCGUCUUCCAGUCUCAUUCUCUCUCCGGUCUGUAAGAAGACUAUCACAUUGUGGGAGCAGCACAGGCAGCUGCUGUUGGUUUUCACCUCUUCAGACACUCAUUCGUAAAGAACUGAAGGUUCUCUCCAUUUUACAAUGAUGAAGACUGAAGGCAAAGGAGAGAGAACUUUAAGAAGUGCUUCUCCACACAGAAAUACCUAUAAAACUGAUUUUCAUGCAAUUAAGUGCAGUUUUGAUUCAGUGAACACUGAUAAUACUUCCAACAAGUCUAGUCCUCAACACAAGUUGACCAGCUCUUCCAAUGGAGGGAGUAAUGACCCACAUGUUCGUGGCAGAGCUGUCACAUAUGGCAACAGAGUGCAUAAGAUCAAAAACAUGUUCAUGCAGAUGGGUGGUUCUUCCAAUUCACCAUGUUGUGAGAACAGUCCACCCUCUGAGCCCCAAAUUAUUAAUAAAACAAUUUCAGCCGAUCCUGCACUUCCUUCUCCUAGUAGCCCAUCUUACCUCUGUGUUCAAAAAAAUAACCUCCUCAAUAGUGGUUCCUUUUGUAGUUCCCAGGAUCCUUUACCUGCAGGUUCAUUCACUGAUAAGAUUAUCUGCAGCAAAGAAGAGGGAAAUUUAGACAAAGCUACACUAGCAGAAAAGUUUUCUGAGACUAGAAAACUAUUUGAAAGGAACAUUAAAAAGCCAAGCUCAUUGGACAGAUGUACUCCCAUUAAAAGUGAAAGGAUUGAAGAUAGGAGACGACAUGGUUCUGCUUCUUCUGACUGCAGUAGUGUGACAGAUCAAUUUAAUUUCAAUAUUGAUGUAACUUCUCAGGUUGCUGUAGAUAAAACAGAUAAUCAAGGAAAUAGUGAUCAGAAGCUGCAGCAAUCUACUGGCAGUUGUAAAUCCUCUUCACUGAAUGCAGGACCUAUUUCUCGAAGACUGGAGAGUUUCCUGGCUGACAUUGACAACGAGGAGUUCCAAGAUACUUUGAUAGCUGACGAUAUCCCAAACCCUGUUCAAACAGUGUUCUGCAGCUGGGAAUCACCAGUAGUUAAGAAAGAAGUAUAUUUGCAGCAAAAUCAGCCUAUUGUAGAGUCUUCCCUUUUGACGAGCAGCAGUGCUAUCAAAAGGAGUGAGCUAAGUGAUGCAACUGAAGUAACAUUUCAAACAGAUGAAACUUUUGAAAGGGAUCAACAGUGUACAACCAACAUAUCCUCUAAAGUGGAUAGAGCCCCCAUAAAAAUUUCCCAAGUAGAAGUAGCUAGAGCUGAACUGAUUAUGGUGCAGAACAAAACUUUAGGGGAUAACAAUGAAGUCACUGGGGAAGUUAAUGUAUUUCAGAAGGAAAAAUCACUCAGAUUUCCAAGUUGGAAAGGGGAACGAAAUGAUGGUACAUUUGAGGAAAUGGAAGAAUUUAAUGAGGAUGGUGAGGCUAAUCAGAAAGCAAGAGAGUUAGUAUUUCUGGACAAAGUUCUGGAACAAGAGCAUGUAAAACCAGUAGGGGAUAGUGAAGAGGAAGAACAAGAAGUAGAACAGAGAAAGAAGUUUAGUGGAUUUUCUUCUGGUGCUUUUGGGAUAGAGAAUGCAGCUUUUGAUGAUGACAGAGAAACAGAGCUACAUACUCGGGGCCCUGAAGGAGAAGAAACCUUGCAAGAGGAAGAAUACAACUAUAAUAGUGAUUAUGAGGAACUUUCUGGACUUUCUGAGGAAGAAGAUCCUGAUCCAGCUAGAAAAGUGAAGUUUUCUACAGCCCCAAUCAAGGUGUUCAGUACUUACUCAAAUGAAGACUAUGAUAGACGCAAUGAAGAAGUGGACCCUGUGGCAGCAUCAGCGGAGUAUGAACUUGAGAAAAGGGUGGAGAAAAUGGAGGUUUUUCCAGUGGAAAUUGAAAAAGGUGACAGUGGCUUGGGUAUCAGUAUAAUAGGAAUGGGUGUUGGUGCAGAUCAGGGCCUGGAAAAAUUGGGUAUCUUUGUAAAAACAAUAACCGAAGGUGGAGCUGCCCAGCAAGAUGGCCGAAUCCAAGUAAAUGAUCAGAUUGUUGAAGUUGAUGGGAUAAGCCUGGUAGGGGUAACCCAGUUUUUUGCAGCAACUGUAUUAAAAAAUACAAAAGGCACAGUCAGGUUUCUGAUCGGAAGAGAAAAACCAGGAACUCAGAGUGAAGUAGCUCGCCUUAUCAGUGAGACAUUGGAACAGGAGAGAUACUUAUAUGAGCAACAAUAUGCCCAUGAAACAGAACAGGAUGAAGAUUAUGAUGAAGAUGAUGUUUCUUUUGAAUCACACUUGCAAGAAAAAUCAGUAGAAGUAUUUUAUCUUCCUGAAAAUGAGGAUAUUAAUUUCCCAUUAGACAUGGAUUCUACACAGUUCAUGCUGAAGUUUAAAGAGCUACAAUUAAAACAUGCAGUUACAAUAGCUGAAGUUAAUCAACUUAAGGAAAAGUUAAAAGCGACAGAGGCUGAAAAGAUUGAAUGGGAGUUAAGAAAAUCCCAGCUCCAGGAAACUAUAGAUGAGAACAAAGAAAAAAUAAAGAAGUUAGAAACCUAUUGGUUAGAAGCCCAGAGUUUAUGCAAAACAGUAAAUGAACAUCUUAAAGAAACUCAAGAGCAAUAUGAUGUGUUGGAAAAGAAGUACAACAAAGCCAAGAAAUUACUCAAAGAAUAUCAGCAGAAAGAAGUAGAACUCAUGAUAAAAGAAGAAGAUCAUACAAAAAUUAUUGAAGAGAAAAAUCAGGAGCAUGCAGAUCAGUUGAAAAUUUUGCAGGAGAAGAUUACAGAGCUUGAAGACAAACUAAAAAUAUAUGAGAAACUCCCAUAUAUGUUUGGAAAUAGUAUUUUAUUAGACUCUGUCACACCAAGUACUGAACAAUUGGAAGAACAUUUUGAAGUUAAGGAUGAUAUGCAGGAAAUUGAGUCUUCAGUGGAGAAAUUAGAUUUUUCUGAUUUUGAUACCUUUGUUGGAGACCCACCAAGGUUAGAUACAAGUGCACAUAAAGCUAAGGCCCAGCUUGCCUUGAAAGUAAAACGCCAGCCACCUUCUCGGUCAAAGCUAAAGGAAUCUCUUGGAGCUAAACAAAAAGAUAGAAACUCACAGGUUAUUAAUGAUGACACAGAAGAAAAUGCCAUGAGCAAGUUCUCAGAAGUGGCAGAAAAGGUCAUUUCAGCACAGCAAAGUGAUACAGAUAUAAAAAUUGAUAAACUUGAGUGUGCUGAAACCUGUGACCUUUUAUUAGAACCAAGUCCAUCAGUUUCUGUGCACUCUUCUCCAGUAUAUAAACUGCAGACAGAAGACACUGCUGGAACAUCUCAGUCACCACCUAACGAUGAUUCUGCUCCAAACUCUCCUUCUGGAUACUGCCGAAAUGUUAAGCAAAGAGAAUCAAAAGGAAAGGGAAAAGUGAACAAAGAUGACAAAAGAACUGAAGAAAAGGUUGAAUCUGGUGAAGGUCCUUCUGUGGGGAAAUCCAAAAGACGUUUUCCAGAUUUUGG